UACACCUUGUCCCGUUGCUUUCUCUCUCUCACAAGUCACAAAUCACACACCACCAUUUAUACACUCCCAAUCAUUCCACCUUUCCCCCCAGCAAGUUUCUUUCUCUCUUUUCUUCUUGGCUUUCUUUCUUUCCUUCUUGGCUUUCCUUCUUUCCUUCUUCACCAUGGCUAUCUUCCUCUCAUUUCUUCUCAUUCUAUUGUUUCCUUCAGCCAAUGCGGACUGGCCACCUUCUCCUGGUUACUGGCCCAGCUCUAAGUUCAGGCCUAUGAGCUUUAACAAAGGGUUUCGAAAUCUUUGGGGUCCUGGUCAUCAACGUGUAGACCAAAAUGCCUUAACAAUCUGGCUAGAUAGAACUUCAGGGAGUGGGUUCAAGUCAGUUAAGCCUUUUCGUUCUGGUUACUUUGGCGCCUCUAUUAAAGUGCAGCCUGGUUAUACUGCAGGGGUUAUAACAGCUUUCUAUCUAUCAAACAAUGAAGCUCAUCCAGGGUUCCAUGAUGAAGUGGACAUAGAUUUCCUUGGAACGACAUUUGGGAAGCCUUACACUUUACAAACCAAUGUGUAUAUCAGAGGGAGUGGCGAUGGGAAAAUCAUUGGCAGAGAGAUGAAGUUUCAUCUUUGGUUUGAUCCUACCAAAGACUUUCACCACUAUGCCAUUCUUUGGAGUCCUAGAGAGAUUAUAUUCUUAGUAGAUGAUGUUCCCAUAAGGAGGUAUCCGAAGAAGAGUGCUGCAACAUUUCCUUUAAGGCCAAUGUGGGUGUAUGGUUCAAUAUGGGAUGCCUCAUCAUGGGCAACCGAAGAUGGAAAAUACAAAGCGGAUUACAGAUACCAACCGUUCGUUGCAAAGUACACCAACUUCAGAGCAGGCGGUUGCAGUGCCUAUGCUCCGGCUUGGUGCCGGCCUGUCUCGGUCUCGCCUUCCCGGUCCGGUCGGCUAACCAGGCAGCAACGUAGAGCGAUGAGAUGGGUUCAAAGAUACCAUAUGGUGUACAACUAUUGCAGGGACCCCAAAAGGAACCAUGCCUUAACCCCCGAGUGUUGGACCAAGUGAAUGAACUUUAUAACAGUUCAAUCAAUUUUUCUUUUUUACUUCUCCGUGUGAAAGAAUUUUACUAUCUGUCCACUUGUUUUCUUGGUAUUGAGACGGAUCCAACUUUGCCGACAAUACUAAUGCAUGGCUCCAAAAGAGAAUAAGUCCAAAAAGUUCUGCAUCAUUGUUUUGAUUGGUCUCCUGAAGUUUGUCAGAUUGGAAAAAUAAUACAAAGGGAGAAAAAAGAAUACUGAAAAGAGAAGAGAAUAAAAGAAAUGGGAUAAAUUAGAUGAUGAAGCCAGGGAUAUUGGGUCAUGGGAGUUUUGAGUGUGUUGUUUCAGUAAUCAUUUCUUAAUAAAAGCAGAAGUUUAUCUA